CGACGUGCAGUUCACGUGCACUCCACUUGUACAUGUAACAUGUUUAAAUUAUUCACAUUUCACAGAACAUACAACCAUGAAGGCAUGAACAGAGCAAACAGUCGCUCAUAACAUUUUUAACGGCCACUCAGAAACUAAACCAAGAGCUCCAUGGCUGUUUCCUAUCCCCAAUUAAUUUCUCUACCAAAUCCUAAUUUCAGAACAAACAAUCAGAUAUAUAACACAAAACCAAGAGUCAUAAACAACAAUCCGAACCAAUACUCUGCAGACCAUUCUAUACUAACCUUAAUCGAUCAAUGUUCAAGUACAGUUCAUUUAAAGGAAAUCCAUGCUCAAAUGCUUCGUAUCGGUCUACUGUUUGACCCUUUCUCAGCUAGCAGAUUCAUCACAAUCUGUGCACUUUCUCGUUUUAAACCACAUCUUGAUUACACACGUAAGGUAUUUGAUCAAAUUCCGGAACCAAAUCGUUACACUUGGAACACACUUAUUCGUGCUUAUGCGUCAAGCUCUAAUCCUACUCAGACCAUUCACAUUUUCAAUCAAAUGCUUCUUGAGUGUCCUGAUCGUCCGAAUAAGUUCACUUUUCCUUUUUUGAUUAAAGCUGCUUCGGAAGUAUCAGAUUUGAGACAAGGAGAAGUUUUUCAUGGGAUGGCUGUUAAAGCUUCACUUGAUUCUGAUGUUUAUAUUCUUAACUCUUUGAUUCAUUUUUAUGCUGCGUGUGGGAAUUUGAAUCAAGCUUACAAACUGUUUCUGAAGAUUCCUGAAAGAGAUGUUGUUUCUUGGAAUACUAUGAUUACUGCUUUUGCUCAGGCGGAUUAUCCUGAUGAAGCUUUAGAGUUGUUUAGAGAUAUGGAGGAAGAGAAUAUGAAGCCAAACGAUGUGACUAUGGUUAGUGUUCUUUCUGCUUGUUCAAAGAAAUCGAACUUGGAAUUUGGGAGGUGGGUUCAUGCUUAUAUUCGGAAGAAUGGGAUAGAAGGAGAUUUGAUCUUGAAUAAUGCAUUGCUUGAUAUGUAUAUUAAAUGUCGUAGUCUUGAAGAUGCUAAAAGUUUUUUUGGUAAAAUGCCUGAAAAAGACACUGUCUCGUGGACUACGAUGCUGGUCGGGUAUGCAAGUUUUGGGGAAUUCGAUGCUGCUCGCAGAGUUUUUGAUGAGAUGCCAAGUCAAGAUAUUGCUGCUUGGAAUUCCCUGAUCUCAGCUUAUGAGCAGAGUGGUCAGCCAAGGCAGGCACUGGGUAUUUUCAAUGAACUACAGAUGAGCAGGAAAGCAAAACCUGAUCAGGUCACUUUGGUGAGUACACUUUCAGCUUGUGCUCAGUUGGGUGCAACAGAUUUAGGGGGAUGGAUCCAUGUAUACAUGAAAAAACAGGGUAUCAAAUUGAAUUGUCAUCUCACAACGUCCCUCAUUGAUAUGUACGCCAAGUGUGGGGAUCUAGAGAAGGCACUCGAGGUUUUCCGUUUUGCAGAGAGGAAGGAUGUGUAUGUUUGGAGUGCCAUGAUAGCAGGGUUAGCAAUGCAUGGACGUGGCAGGGAAGCGGUUGAUCUGUUUUUGGAUAUGAAAAAUACCAAGGUAAAGCCCAAUGAAGUGACCUUUACAAAUGUGUUAUGUGCAUGUAGCCAUGCGGGAUUAGUAGAGGAAGGUAGGAUAUAUUUCAAUCAAAUGCUUCCGGUGUAUGGAGUUACACCUCAAACAAAGCAUUAUGCAUGUAUGGUUGAUAUUUUAGGUCGCGCUGGCCUCUUAGAAGAAGCCAUGGAAUUGAUAGAGAGGAUGCCAAUUGUUUCUGGGGCUUCUGUAUGGGGUGCACUUCUUGGAGCAUGUAGGACUCGUGGAAAUGUUGACUUAGCUGAACAUGCUUGUAAACGGUUACUUGAGUUGGAACCAAGGAAUCAUGGAGCAUAUGUGCUUCUGUCAAAUGUAUAUGCAAAGUGUGGUAAAUGGGAAGAGGUUUCACGGUUAAGAAAGGUUAUGAGAGAUGCUGGAAUUCAAAAAGAACCAGGUUGUAGCUUGAUUGAGGUGGAUGGCGUGAUCCAUGAGUUUCUUGUUGGAGAUAACUCUCAUCCUUGGUCGAAGAUGAUCUAUACUAAGUUAGAGGAGAUAGCAUCACGAUUGAAAUCAGUUGGGUAUGUGCCAAACAAGUCCCAGGUACUUCAGGAUAUAGAAGACGAAGAUGUGAAGGAGCAAGCCCUAUACCUUCAUAGUGAAAAGUUAGCGAUAGCUUAUGGACUUAUCAGUACAAAUUCACCUGCACUAAUUCGUGUAGUGAAGAAUCUUCGGGUUUGUGGGGAUUGUCACUCUGUUGCUAAACUCAUAUCUAGGGUCUAUGACAGAGAAAUAUUAUUGCGAGAUCGCUAUCGAUUCCAUCAUUUCAAAGGAGGCCAUUGUUCUUGUAUGGACUAUUGGUAACACAUGCUAAAAGUGAUUGUGCAUUCUUCAUAGUUAAUACAGGCAGGGUAUUUAAAACCAUAUCACUUGAUCCUAGUUAAAAGUAGCCGAGCAAAACACUCACACUUUAUGCGGAGUUCUAUGUGGGCUUGCAAUCAAUUUCAGAUGACCAGGAAACCACUUCCCCAAGAACCAGGGCUUUCUGGGUACGGCCUGUUUGUAUGGGUCGAUGAACUCAAGGAAGCUGAUCAGGUUGUUAGUUAGGGAAAUUUCAAAUCUGUGGGAAACCAUUGAAGUUCUUAUGUAAAAACAAGCCAGGUAUGACCUCUUUGUUGAUUGUUGUUUACGGAUGCAUAUCACCUUGCUGUCAAAUAUUUAACGAAUUCAAGGACCUGAAAUGUUCAUUGGGACAUAUAACAUCCUGGAACAAGUUACAUCAUUAUCUUCAUUAAAGUGUUAUGGCGGGUAAUCCUUACACCAGCAUUUGAUUAUGUGCUGAACAAUUCAAGGUAA